GCAAGCAACAACAAAAAUUCCUGCAAACUUUGCGCAGCAAGCUUCGCAUUUGACGACGCCAACAGCAUAAAGAUCACAGCUUUCCUCUUGGACGAUAUCAUUCCAUAGAAAACGCAAAGCCGUUAACAAUAUAAUGCAAGCAAUCCUGAGAUUUCCUCUGAUCGCUUCUUUUCUUAUAUAAGAAAUGGCGUCUUUCUAGAUUUGCCCUUAAGAUUGAAUUUAUUUUUUCUGUUUCAUGUUCAGAUUUCUUUCUUGUGUGGAUUAGUAACACAGUGCUAGCAGUGAUCAGUGCCCGGCGCAGAGGAAGCAUGCCAGCCAGAGCCGAGGGAGAGUGCAAUGGCUGUGUCUGCCUCAAAGGGGGCAAUCACCCAUGGCCUCCACAUGCCUCCAUCUCCUCCUUCCAUCUCGGCUGCACCAGCUUUCAUCGUCUUUCCAAUCGAUCAAUUUUCGAGGAACCAUGGUUGGACCAUGAUGGCAGUUUGUUACUCUUUCUUAUUACUACUAUUUUGCAGCAAUCAAGAACUAGUUUAUUAAUCGUUUUGCGAGUGUAACAAUGCUCAAUCAUGUCCUCUCGAUUCUUUAAAAAUUAGUGUUUUUAUUAAAAUACUGACAAGUUAACGAAAUCUAUAGGAAAUUGCGGCCUAUAUAAACCCAUGCUGAGUCCAUCCCUGGUAUAACGGGCUGACGAAGUUUAGCAUCGACCAUGUCCAAGCCGAGGUUGGACGGCAAGGUGGCCAUCGUCACCGGCGGCGCGAGCGGCAUCGGCGAGGCGGCGGCGCGGCUGUUCGCGUCGAGCGGCGCCACGGUGGUGAUCGCGGACAUCCAGGACGCGCUGGGCGAGGCGGUGGCCGCGUCGGCCGGGUGCACGUACAUGCGGUGCGACGUGACGGACGAGGCGCAGGUGGAGGCGACGGUGGGCGCCGUGGUGGCCGCGCACGGGCGGCUGGACGUCAUGCUCAGCAACGCCGGCGUGCUGCUCCCGACGGGGUCCGUGAUGGACAUGGACCUGGCGGAGCUGGACCGCGUGAUGGCCGUCAACUUCCGCGGCGCCGCGGCGUGCGUGAAGCACGCGGCGCGCGCCAUGGUGCCGCCGAACGGCGCCCGCGGCGGCGCCAUCGUGUGCACGGCGAGCGUGGCGUCGCUCCAGGGCGGGUUCGGGCCGGCGUCGUACACGGCGUCCAAGCACGCGCUGCUGGGCCUGGUGCGCGCCGCGGCGGGGGAGCUCGGGCGCCACGGCGUGCGCGUCAACUGCGUGUCCCCAGGCGGCGUGGCCACGCCCAUGAGCUGCGCGCUCAUGGGCGUCGGGCCAGAGGAGAUGGAGGCCAUGACGUGUGCCCUCAACGUGCUACGCGGGAAGGUGCUGCGGGCGGAGGACGUGGCGGAGGCGGCGCUGUUCCUGGCGUCCGACCAGGCGGGGUUCAUCAGCGGUCACAACCUCGUCGUCGACGGCGCCACCACCGCCGUCAACCCUGCCGUGCUGCACACCGUCGGACUGUGAACGCCGACCGUACCCUGUGUUAUUUGCCGUUGUCAUUGAUCUGGUCCUUGUGUUUCUUUGUUCAUACACCUCUGCACAAUGUCAUGAAUGUAACAGUAAUGCACACCAUUGUAUUGUAGAACACUAGAACUCAGUAAAACAGCUGUGUCAUUUGUUUUUU